AUGGACUCCCUCCCCUUCGAGCUCAUCACCCAAAUCCUCACCCACCUCCCCCGGCACGACCUCCCCUCCGCCCGCCUCACCUGCCACGCCUUCAACGCCGCCCUCGCGAAACCCACCUUCUCCGUCCUCGCCUCCUUCGUCGACCCGGCCGUCGCCCAGCAGACCAUUGAGCACAUCGCCGCCGACCUCAGCCGUCGUCCAAAAGCCAUCUGGUCCCCCGGGUGCUCCGUCCCGCGCGGGCUUCCCGUCCCGGAGAGUUUCCUGUCUGCGAUGCGUGCGGCGUUGAGGGGCGCCGAGGAUGGCGCCGAAGGGGAAAAGAUUACGGCGGAGAACUUUGGGCGAAGCAUUGGCAUGGACGAGGUGACUGAGGACGUGCUGCGGCAGGCCUUGUUCCGGUAUGCGCUCUACUUGAGCUACGUCUAUACGGGAGAGGGCGAGGCGCCGCAGCUGUGGGUGAUGAAUUCGAAGAAGUGGGCGCAGCAGCAAUGA